AACCUUUUGGUUAACUUGGGUUUGUUUGCUGCUGGAGUUUGGGUCGCUAGAAAUCUCUCAGAUUUCGACUUGAUGUCUCCUCAGCCGGUGACUUAACCGUAGCUGCAGGUCCCGACCAAAAACAGGUGGUGAGAGAGCUUUCUGUAUCAGGAGCCUAGGACCAACAAAGAAGAAACAAGGGACAUGAUGAAAUACUAGGAAAACAAAACGUCUUUGUUUACAUGACAUUUUUCACCUAUGUAUGACCUGUAAAGUGUCAUCUCUAUUCUUAUUUUCUUUGAGUCAUAGAUUGAUUUUGCCACACACUCUCCCAUAGAGGACUUUGUUAUAAACAUUGAAAUUAUUAUUAUGUAGCCAUGUCUAUUCAGGAAGGCUUCCUCUCUGCAGCUCAUAACUCUCUGCGUUCUGGUAGAAAGCGUCUCUCUGUUGCUCAGAGUUUGGAGCUCGCUGCUCAGGUCUCGGCUGUGGAUAUGGGGCUGAAGCCUGCCCUCCUGUACGACAGUAACGCCGCCUGUGCUGAGCAGCUCCAGCGGUAUCUGAGCUGCCUUCAGUCUCUCCAGCUCGUAUCUGAAUCCCUCCUCACGCUGGAUGUAAACGGAAAUGGCCUCAUUGUCAAUGCCGGCGCUCUGAGGUUGAAUUUAGAGCAGAUGAUCCGCGAUGGCGGCCCGCCUGUCGUAGAUGUCUCCACCACCUUGGAGAAGCCUGCUAUCUCUGAUAAACAGAGGAGGCAGCUGAACGGCAUGAUGGAAGAUGUUUUGCUACUUUUGGAGAAGUUUCAGCUAUCUGAGGCCAAUAAACCAUUUUAUGUCGGGGAGAAAUUUGAGGACUGGAACCUGUGCUCCUUGUUUGGUAUUUUACUGGGUUACCCAGUCACUUACUGGUUUGACCAGAACAAGAGCUUCGAGAACUGUCUGUCUAUGACGCCCCUGUUGGUGAUCAAAGCGUCCGCAUCAUGGCAGAUGGACGGGGUGGCUCACAGAUUCUGUCUGUAUUCGUUCAGCGUUCCUGCUGCUCUGCAGGGGGAGGCUCAGUCUGAGCUGGAGAACUGGAGGUUGAGUCUGCAGAGGAGAUUUGAGCAGCAGCACAUCAUGAAAGAUCUCAGUAUCAAUCAGUCCACACUCACUCUUCCCUCCAUCUGUUUGUAAUUCAACAAAAAGCUUCUGUUUAAAAUAAAAUGCUCUGGAAUAU